CAUGCAAGACAGUCAAAGAAGGAUUCAAGGCUUUGUCAAGAACAGUGAGCAUUUUUACUGCUCAGGACAAACCAGGAAGUCAUAUAUACACUAUCACAACAGGCUGCAAAGAGUCAUUGAUGCUUGAGGAGGUAUUGAAAACCAAGGCUAUGUAAAGGCCAUGUGUUGUUUUCAGGGCCUCCUGCAGGAAUGUAAUCAGCUGUGUGCCGAGUAUCUCUUCCAACCUGACAAGCACUAUGAUGUGUCCUACGACACUGGGGACAAAAGCAUUCAGUGUGGACGGCACGUAGACAUCUUCAAACUGUGGCUCAUGUGGAAGGCAAAGGGUUCUGAGGGUUUUGAAGUGCAGAUCAACCACUGUCUGGAAAAUGCAGAGUAUCUUUACUACAAGCUGAAGAGAAGAACAGACUUUCAGCUUGUCUUCAAAGGAAAGCCUGAACACAGUAAUGUCUGCUUUUGGUAUCUCCCAAAACGACUGCAAAGCAUUCAUCCAGGCCCAGAGCGAGACAGAGAACUUCACAUGGUGGCUCCAAAAAUCAAGACAAAGAUGAUGGAGGAAGGAUUCACAAUGAUUGGCUAUCAACCUCUGGAAGACAAAGUGAAUUUCUUCCGUUGUGUUUUUUCCAACCCAGCCACUCAGAGGGAGGAUGUGGACUUUCUAAUAGACGAAAUCACUCGUCUGGGCUGUGAACUCUAGAAAGUCUUUCUUAAAAAAACACAGGAUAAAUAUUUAUGUAUAGCCUUUAUGCCUCUGAUUCCAGAUAUCAGUACAUACAGCACAGUGAGCAAAAUAAUUUACAGCUUUUAUUUUUAAUCUUUGAAAAAAAAAUUAUAUUAGCAAUUAUUAAUAAUUUAUUAUUCAUCUAGGUGAAGUGUACUAUACGUGAUCUCCUUUAAAAAUCCUGUAGCUUUUGACAGAUGAACAUCUGAACUAAAUUAUAAAUAAGAUUUGAAAGACAUAAUAGUGAGCCACAUUGACCAAAGGGAAUAGAUGAUCACGUGCUGAUUUUCAUGAAACCAGCAUGCUGCUGUAAGAUGAGUCAUUCCUUAUAUACCAUGACUAAACUGCACCUGCUCUUAAUCAAGAUGUUCAAAUUAAUUUUUUUUUGUGUGUGUGAAUUUUGAAGGGAAAGUGAAAUUACCCAGGUCUCUGUUCAACUGUUUUGCAGUCUCCUAGUGCCUCCUGCUGGUAGGAUCUAAUAAUGGCUGGAGCUACUAAAUUAAUAGGCCUACCUUAUGAGAUUGUGAGAUACUGAACACUGUACGUCUGAAUUUGUUGGUUUUCAUGCUUCACUCGUCCUACACGAAAUAAAUUUUGCGUGAAAGUGAUUUUAUACAUUUAUUUAUUUGUAUACCACCUGCUGUUCUAGCUCCAUUAGUAAUAAAAUUAUAUG